AUGGCACCUCAUGCGGCUAUCGGUAGCUCGGACAUAGCUGAAAAGGCUCGGCGAUCGUUGCUACAGCUUCUCGAAGGUGUUCGAGGGAAGAAGAACCUUGUUCUAGAGAAAGCGCUUGCAGGCCCAAUCAAUCUGCUUGUUAAAGUCUCGACGUUGCAGGAAUAUGGCGUUGAGAAGAUAUUCUUCUUGGAGAAUCACAACUUGAACUCUUCCCAGCGCAAUGUUGUAUUCCUUGCACGGGGCGAGAACUCUAAAAUCGUGCUAGAAAUCGCAGCUCAAAUAAAGAAACUGCGACAAGAGUCGCAGACUGAUCAUGAGUUCUUCAUUUUCUGGAUACCAAGGCGGACCCUGGUCUCCGAUCAAUUACUUGAGGCCGAGGGUGUCCUGGGAGAGACGAGCAUCUUCGAAUAUCCGCUCCAUUUCAUGCCGCUUGCAGACGACGUGCUUUCAUUAGAGCUGGAAGACGCAUUUGGUGAUCUGUAUCUCCGGAAAGACCCAAAGUCUGUCUUUCUGUCAGCAAAAGCACUGAUGCUUCUGCAACAGCAACAUGGCCUCUUUCCUCGAAUCACAGGCAAAGGAGACAAUGCCAAACGGCUCGCAGACCUUCUUCUCCGCAUGCGCCAGGAAUUAUCUGCCGGUGAAGACAAUGCCGAUGUUGGAAACUCGUUCUUAGGUUUAACUCCCAGUUCUUCGAUAGAGAGCCUGAUCAUAAUCGACCGUGAAUCUGACUUUGCCACACCUCUCAUGACCCAACUUACAUACGAAGGCCUCCUAGACGAGGUCUUCACCAUCCAAUCCAACCAGACCGAAAUAGACACCUCUAUCAUAGGGCCCGCCCCCGGCUCCCAGCAGCAACAAGGCAGUCAAUCGGCUGCUGCUCCACAAGGUCUGAAGCGCAAGAUUCAACUCGACCAGAAAGACCCCCUCUACAGCACGCUCGUGGACGCAAAUUUCGCCACCGUAGGCCCAAUCCUCAACACCGUUGCCCGACGUCUGCAAGCCUCCUACGACUCCAAGCAAAUUGCCAACAAAGGCAUCUCCGAGCUCAAGGACUUCGUAGCAAAGCUGCCCGGCUUCCAGUCCGAACAAGGCAGCCUCAAACUGCACACCUCGCUCGCCGAAGAAGUCAAGAAGUACACCAUGGCCGAGCAAUUCUCCCGCUCCCUCGAGGUCCAGCAAAACAUCGCCGCCGGCGCAGACCCCAGCUCGCAGCACGAGACCAUCGAAGAACUCAUCGCCCGUGCCCUUCCCUUACCCACCGUGCUCCGGCUCCUGUGUCUCGAAUCAGUCAUGAGCGCAGGCAUCAAGGCAAAGGAACUCGACGCCUUCAAGCGCGACAUCAUCCACGCCUACGGUCCGCAACACAUCCUCACCCUCUCCGCGCUCGAGAAAAUCGGCCUGCUCACCGUCCGCGGCGGGCCCCUGGGCGGCGGCGCGUCGGCGAAACCAGGCAGUACGACAAACUUCAACACGGCGCGCAAGCACCUCAAGCUCAUCGUCGACGAAGUCAACGAGUCCACCCCCGAGGAUGUAGCAUAUGUGUACAGCGGCUACGCGCCCCUCAGCGUGCGUCUCGUGCAGUGCAUACUCCAGAAAAGCGUCGUCGCUGGUCUGGCGGAGAAGAGAGGGGUCAGCGCCAGUACGCUGGGUUUGUCGACUGGGUGGAAGCCAUUUGAGGAUGCGGUGAAGCAGGUGCGUGGCGUGGCAUUUGACGAGGUGCAGCGCGGCGAGGAGAAGGCGGUGCGGGCGCGUCAGAUUCUGAAUGGGAGUGCGGGCGCAGAGGGAAAGACUGUUGUUGUGUUCUACCUGGGUGGUAUAUGUCGGGCGGAGAUUGCGGCGUUGCGGUUCGUGGGCAAGAAGUUGAGAGAAGAAGGGAAAGGGAGGCGGUUAGUGAUUUGUACGACGGGGAUCGUGAGUGGAGAUGGGAUUAUCAAGAGUGCGGUCGAGGAGGGAAAGUUUGAAGUCAAGUAG